AUGUCAGAAAACAGUAAUGUCGCUUUGAUUCAACGUGUGCGUGGCGAAUCAUUCUUAGUGGCACCACGCUACAUCAAUUUGAAGUAUUUGGGUAAUGGAUGUUAUGGAAUGGUUGUAUCUGCGUUAGAUACAAAAACAGAUACACCAGUAGCAAUAAAGAAAAUUUCUCCGUUUGAUUAUCAAACAUAUUGUCAACGAACAUUAAGAGAACUUCGUAUACUAACCCGAUUUAAACAUGAAAAUGUAAUUGAGGAGAAUUCUUAUCGUUUGCUAAUUGGGAUUUGUGAUUUUGGUUUGGCAAGAUCGUGCGACUUUGGCUAUGAUAGCGGAUUUCUUACAGAAUAUGUUGCCACUAGAUGGUACAGAGCACCUGACGUUAUGCUAAAUUCACGUGGUUAUAAUAAAGCAAUUGAUAUUUGGUCGUGUGGAUGUGUUUUAGCCGAAAUGAUGCUUGGAAGACCACUUUUUCCAGGCCGACAUUAUUUGGAUCAAUUAAAUAUGAUAUUCGCUGUUAUCGGCUCACCAUCAAAUGAUGAUUUAGAAUGCAUUCAUAAUGAAAAAGUGAAAAAACUUGAUCUACCGAGUCAUUGUUUUUCAUUGAAUUAUAAAAAAAUUAAUUUUCUUAGGCUCGAUCCAUUGGAUAUGCUUGACAAACUUUUAACAUUCAAUCCUGACAAACGUUAUACAGCCGAUGAAGCAUUGGCACAUCCGUAUUUAGCUCAAUAUUAUGAUGCAGAUGAUGAGCCUAUUUGUCUCACACCGUUUACCUAUGAUGAUGAAUUGUCUGGCGUACCAUCGACGUGUUCACCAGAUACAUUACGAAAACAAUAUCAUCGUUUACUAUUGGAAUAUCAUCCCGAUAAAUGUUUUGAUGUUGAAAAAUUAGAACGAUAUUAUUCGAUUAAAAAUGCAUUUAAAAUACUAUCCGAUGAUACUUUACGCCAAAAUUAUGAACAAGAACAAAAACGUCAAACAUUAAUAAUGAUGCCUCUAUUACAUGUGCAUAUCGAUGAUAUGGAUGAAUUUGUGGAUAACGAUUCAAGAAAUAUUUCUUAUUCCUAUGAUUGCCGUUGUGGAACUCUAUUAACAGUUGAGAAUGAUAAAUUACAAGAACUAGAAAUAAAUGGGACAAUUAUUAUUGAGUGUGAAAAUUGUUCGAUGACGAUAGAAAUUCGAAAAUAA